CGGGCCGGGAGCGGCUGCUCCGUCACGGGAAGGGCGGAUCGCGGCGGCGGCGCCCGUUUCCUCCGUCGCGUCUCGGCGGCCGCAGCCGGGCUCGCCGGUGGCCGGGCGGCGGAGGAAGGAUGGCGUACUUCGUGGAGAGCUUCUGGGGAGAAAGGAACAAUGGCUUUGAUGUCCUCUAUCACAAUAUGAAACACGGACAUUUGUCAACAAAGGACUUAGCAGAUUUUAUUAGAGAAAGGGCUACAAUAGAGGAGACAUAUUCAAGGUCGAUGACAAAACUAGCCAAAUCAGCAAGCAAUUACACACAACUUGGGACAUUUGCACCAGUUUGGGAUGUUUUCAAAAUCUCAACAGAAAAACUAGCAAGUUGUCACUUGGAUCUUGUGCGGCGAUUACAAGAGCUAAUAAAAGAAGUUCACAAAUAUGGAGAUGAACAGAUCAAAGCUUAUAAAAAGACUAAAGAAGAUGUUUCAGGAACUUUGGAAGCAGUGCAAAAUAUUCAAAGUAUCACUCAGGCCUUGCAGAAAUCAAAAGAAAACUACAAUGCAAAGUGUGUGGAACAAGAACGCUUGAAAAAGGAAGGAGCAACACAGAGAGAAAUUGAAAAGGCAGCAGUUAAAUCUAAAAAAGCAACAGAUACCUAUAAACUCUAUGUGGAGAAGUAUGCUGCAUUUAAGUCUGAUUUUGAACUGAAAAUGACAGAAACAGCACAGAAAUUUCAAGACAUCGAAGAAAUGCACCUUCUUCGAAUGAAAGAGAUUAUACAGUCAUUGUCAAAUACCAUAAAAGAAAUUCAUUUACAAAUAGGAGAGGUGCAUGAGGAAUUUAUUAAUAACAUGACAAAUACUACAGUUGAGAGUUUAAUACAGAAAUUUGCUGAGUCAAAAGGAACUGGCAAGGAAAGACCUGGUCCUAUUGAGUUUGAAGAAUGUAACACAUCCAGUGUAGCCGAAGGAAUAAAACCACGGAAAAGGAAGCCUUUUGGUUUAUCAGGAAUAAUGAAAAAAGAAAAAGAUACUGAAUCUGUGGAGUGUCCAGAUGCAGACUCAGUUAACUUUCCUGAUGUAGAUGAUGAAGGAUACAGCAUUAAACCAGAAGCAACACAAGAUACCAAAGAGAACCAUUUCUAUUCAUCCAGUGAGUCUGACUCUGAAGAUGAUGAACCCAGGAGGUUCCAUGUGGAAAUAAAACCGGUCCAGCCAAAUAACAGUUCUCAAUACACUAUGCCUUCUUUGGAUGAAUUAAAAGUAUCCAUAGGGAACAUCACUCUUUCUCCAGCAAUAUCUCAGAGGCACAGUCCUGCACAAAUGAAUCAAAAUUCAUCCAGUGAAGAGUCAACAAAAUCAAAACUUUCUGCUCCAGCUACUGAAAAGGGGAACAGUGACUUCCUGGCAUGGGAUCCACUCUUCAGCACUUCUCUUGAAUCUUCCUCUUCGGCUUCUUUGGCAUCCUCAUCUUCCUCAGCUACCCUAACAGAGCACAAUAGGAGCUCCUCAUCAUCUACCACUGAUUUGCCUGGGUGUAGAAUAUCUCAGUGUUUGCUUGGACACCAGACAGAUUCUGGGUCUACAAGCCCAUCCUCACCAGGCUUUACCAUUAGCACUGGUGUUACAGCAGCGCCAUCAGGGAGUACCAGUACUUUAUCCUGUUUUUCACAGUCUCAGAGUCAGUGGAUUUCCUUUGCUGAUGAACUUCUUACAAUUAGACACACAAGCACAGACAAGAAGGAGCCCCAAAGAUUGCAUUUUAAAACUGAAAAUGCCUGCCUUGCCUCUUCUGCUUUGCUUGGGAAUUCUUCCAACACCUGUGCUUCUGAGGAUCAAAGUGACCUUUUCAAUAACUCUAUAUGCCAUGAACAAUUAUUCAUUGAAGAAACUGGCACUGCUACUGAAAUAUCUUCUGCAUCAUCUUCAGCACUACUGGACUAUAGUUUAGUGUCUUCUUGUGCUCAUACAAAUAAGGCAAGGCCCACCACUCCUCUUUCUGUGGGCACCAUUGUACCCCCUCCAAGACCUGCUUCAAGACCAAAGCUGUCUACCGGGAAACUUAGUGGGAUUAAUGAAAUACCUAGGCCAUUCAGCCCCCCAUUGGCCUCUAACUCAAGUCCACCUCCAGCAGCUCCUUUGGCACGUGCAGAGAGCAUUUCUUCUAUAUCCUCUUCUGCUUCCCUCAGUGCAGCAAACACACCUACAGUUGACGAUGAUAUUUUGAUUCGAAAUCUUCCUACAAUUGAAAAGCUUUGUGAGACACCACCAGGUGUUUCACGUGGUCCCAGCCCCGUCAGCCUUGGAAACCAGGACACCUUGCCUGUUGCAGUAGCUCUUACUGAAUCUGUUAACGCCUACUUUAAAGGAGCAGAUCCCACAAAAUGUAUUGUGAAGAUUACUGGUGAUAUGACAAUAUCAUUCCCAAGUGGGAUUAUUAAAGUAUUCACCAGCAACCCAUCUCCUGCUGUGCUCUGCUUCAGGGUGAAAAACACAAGCAAACUAGAGCAGAUUCUUCCAAAUGCACAACUUGUAUACAGUGAUCAGUCACAAAGUGACUCCAGUACUAAAGACUUUUGGAUGAACAUGCAAGCUAUAACUGUCUACCUCAAGAAAUUAUCAGAGCAGAAUCCAUCUGCAUCCUAUUAUAACGUGGAUGUUUUAAAGUAUCAGGUAUCUUCAAAUGGCAUACAGUCCACUCCCUUAAAUCUUGCAACUUACUGGAAAUGUGAUGCUAGCACUACUGAUGUGAGAGUGGAUUAUAAAUACAAUCCAGAGUCUAUGAAUGUGCCUAGUAUGCUGUCUAAUGUCCAGGUUGUGGUACCAGUAGAUGGAGGAGUAAUAAACAUGCAGUCACUUCCACCUGCAAAAUGGAAUGCAGACCAGAUGAAAGCAUGUUGGAAAAUAUCUAGCAUUUCAGAGAAGUCUGAGAAUGGAGGUUCUGGAUCCCUUAGGGCAAAAUUUGAGCUUUCAGGAGGACCCAGUAAACCAGCAACACUUGCAGUGCAAUUCAUCAGUGAAGGAAGCACCCUUUCAGGAGCAGAUGUGGAACUCGUAGGCACUGGCUAUCGGCUUUCCCUUCUUAAGAAGAGAUUUGCCACUGGACGAUAUAUGGCAGACUGUUGAUGUACCUGUGAAAGUCAUUGGAUCAGGAGUGCAAGAAACACUUGUGACAAUAGGAACUCUGCCCUCUCUAUUUUUCAAACACUAUUUUAACAUGCAUUAAUUUUUAAAAAUAUUUACUUACUUUGAGGCUAAACUACAGAAAGUAAAUGCACUUUUAAGAGUCAUUUUGAAAAUUUUAUUACUUUACAAUAGCACUGAAGUUAACUUCAACACUGUCUGUAAAUGAUCAACUGCAAUACUUGGGAAAAUUUGUUGAAAAAUUAGUAACUUUAUAUAGAGGAAGUCAAAAUAGUAAUCCACAGUUGAAAUGGAAGUAUGAAAUUUUAUGUUGUACUGUAAACAUUAAACCUAAAAUGUAGGAGAUCUAGUAAGAAAUAUUUGAGCUUUUCAUAAGUAAUACUCAUUUUUCAGAUUCUUUAAUUGCCAGCUUUUAAUUGACAGUUUAAAGAUAGCAGAGGCUGUGUCUUGUGUAGUUAUUUUUUCAUUCACACCACAAGACCAGCUGAGUUAGAGAUCUAUAAAAGUAACAUGAUGCCCAUGUAUCAUAUAUUAUUAAAAUGUAAGUUGUUUCAUAUAGGAUUUUGUUUAACUAAGUGCAAUGUGUUACAAAUUGCAAAAUACAGCAGAGAUUUACUUCUGCAGUUAGUAAAAUUUGUUGGGCCUUGUUAUUAUUUGAGUUAAUGCAGUAGAUUUAAUUUAUUUUUAUAUUAAUUGCAUAACUUUUGUGCCUUUUAAAAAUGCCUGUGCCUAUCCAAUUUGAUACUCACGUGCCUCACUUCAUUUUUCAAAGUUUGGCUCUUCAUCAAGAAAGCAUGGCGUUUGUAUUAUGCACAGAAUUUUAUAAAAAUCCUUUUUACUGCAAUUUAUUCAGAAGGCAGGUUUGCAAAAACUGUAGUUUGUUUUAAAAGAAAUUUAAAACACUGAAUUAUUUCCUCGAGGAAUAAUUGCAAUUACACGUGGUUUUAGUAAAGGGAGCUGCAUCAUGCAGUACUCAAACUUUUUCAUUAACUAAUUUUAAUGUCACCAAAGAAGAGAAUCUGAAAAAUCAGUGACGACAGGAAAAACAAACUUCUAAAAGCAAACAGCAUUACUCUUUGCUUUGGCUAUAAGUCUUCAGCUUUGAGUGGAUUUGGGGAUGUGUGAUGUGAAUGUACACAUAGUACUUCAGGAGGCAUUGUAAAGGAUAUUUUGUGGCUGCAGGAUGACAAAUCCUGUCAUGUGUUCAUUUUUUUAUAGCUACCAAUUUUAAUAUUUGUAUUGUAAUCUAAUAUGCUUGCUACAGCCUAAGGAAUUGCUACAGGGAAUUGACACAUGAGUAACAAUUUUUUAUGCAAGUCACUAAUUUAGAAAAUUUUCUAUGUAUUUGUAUUACCAAGCUUUUUUUGUAAUGUUGAAAUCAUAAGCAUUGGGGCAACAUAAUUCAAUAACCUGCAUGUGGCAAUUUCAGAUGAACAUUUAGCAUACCAGUAUCUAUUUCAAAUUCUCUAUUAAAACAAUAAAACAUGCUUGAGUUAAUUCAUGCAAAACCAGUAAUGAAUUGGAGUGCUGAAGCUUUACAAGAAAUUAUGCCUUUGUAGAAGCUGCAUAAAUUGUCGUGUACACUAGACACUUCUGCCAGUGAGAGUUUCAUUGUUAGUACUAAGAACAUAGUGUACUGUAGAUUUGAUUGGAAGAGUAUAUUUGGCUCCUAUAUUUUGCUAAUCUUAUUAAUGAUAAAUUUACAACUCAUGAAAUGGUGUUUUUAUUGGAAUUUUAAUUGUAACCUGCUUUACAAUCAAACUGAUUAACACAACAAUAUUUUAUUAAUGAAAACCCAAAUCUAUUAUUGCUAUUUUUAAUCAAGUAUUACAUUAAUUUCUACAAUAAAUGAAGUAGUUAAUAUUUCAGCACUUUUAAACUAGCCUUCAUUCAGAUGUUUUUCAUACAUUUGCUUUAGGUGCAGGUUACAAUUUUGAAGCCAUACACGUUUAUAUAGACAUUUUGUAAAGAAACUCAAAAACAAUGUAAAAAGUAUGUGUAGCUAUCUGAUUUAAAAUAAAAAAAACUUACUUAGCAAGCUGGUUCUUGCUUGUGUACACAGCAAUGUCCCUUGUAGCUGCCUCCUAAGAAAAUUAAUUUGUAAACACAACUCUAAAGGAUCUGAAUUUUUAUGAAUUGUUACUACGUUAGACUGUAAAUUAGAACAUACAAGUUUAUCUUUCAAAAAUUGUAAAUACUCUGAAUUUUCAUAAAAUGUAAAUUUUAAAAAUUUGCACCCAUAAUAAACAUGUAAUAUAUAAUUUAAA